AUGGCGGCGGCGGCGGCGGGAGCGGAGGCGGUGGAAGAUGCGGGCGGUGCGGUGCCGUGUGCGGGAUCGGGCCGCGCUGCUCGGCUGCCGCUGUCCCGCGUGAAGGCGCUGGUGAAGGCCGACCCGGACGUCGGUCUGGCCAGCCAGGAAGCCGUGUUCGUGCUGGCGCGGGCCGCGGAGCUGUUCGUGGAAACCAUCGCUAAAGACGCCUUUGUGUACGCCCAGCAGGGCAAGAGGAAAACCCUGCAGAGGAAGGACCUGGAUAACGCCAUCGAGGCCGUGGAUGAGUUUGCCUUUUUGGAAGGUACUUUGGACUGAGUUGGCCAGAAAUGGAGUUCUCUGCAGAAAGGGACUGCAGGCACCAGUGUGGGGUGGCAGGCAGGAUGCCAAGGGUUGGCUGUAGUUCCUGGCACUGAGACACUGAAAUGGGCAACCGUAAUACUUUGUACCAAGUUUAAGUCGUUGUAAGUUCAUUAUUUAAAGCACGUGGUUUGGUUCUCUGUAAGUAUUUUGUAUGACUUUGAACCCCAUGUUCUGCUGCUGCAGUGCAGGCUGCUCCCCAGCCCUGCCUUCCAGGGCACCAUGGAGCAGAGAGCUCAGAUCCCAAGGCACAAACCUGAUGAUUUAUACGUAUGUGGUGGUUUAUAGAUAUGUUCUUAAAAUGGAAAUGUAUUUUUCUUUGUAUGUCUUUCGUUGGGCUUUUUUUUUGUUGUUUUUUUUUUCUUUUACCAAUGCAAUUAAAGGCAGUUGCUGAGUUGCUGUCCUGAGUGCUCCUGAGUGCUGCUGUGCUGCUCCAUGGCACCAAUGUGCUUUGGCAGGGAUGCUCUCCCGUGGCGUUUUGCUUUACUGAGCAUUUCCCCGGGGUUUCUGUCUGAGGAAUCCCAGCUCUCCUCCAGGCACCACGUAUGAGCUCCAGAGGCUUGGGUUGUUUUGGGGGCUGUGCAGCUUCCAUGCAGUGACGUGAUGGCUGCGCCCGCAACGAUCACAGUUGGAUAAUAAUAAAUCCCUGGUUUUGAAGGCAA